AUGAAGGAGAGACAACGUUGGCAACCAGAAGAAGAUGCUAUACUAAAAGCCUAUGUUAAACAAUAUGGUCCGAAAGAAUGGAACCUCAUCUCUCAACGUGUGGAAGCUAAUGGCAAAACCCUCAACCGAGACCCAAAAUCCUGCCUUGAACGCUGGAAAAACUACCUCAAGCCAGGCAUCAAGAAAGGAUCUUUAACCCCAGAAGAGCAAACCCUUGUCAUUUCUCUCCAAGCCAAGUACGGUAAUAAGUGGAAGAAGAUAGCUAGUGAAGUCCCUGGCCGCACAGCAAAGAGGCUAAGUAAGUGGUGGGAGGUUUUCAAAGAGAAGCAAUCAAAGUCCAAGUCUUUAUUGCACCACCAUCAUAAAACAGAAUACUCCAAUCAGCGCCAGCAACAAGAAGGGAAUAUUCCCGUGAUCGGAGAUAAAACGUCUGGACAGGGCAAAUACGACCACAUUUUGGAGACCUUUGCAGAGAAAUACGUGCAACCGAAGAUCUUUAAUCAGUUUCAAUCUUUUACUCCGACUUUAUCCACUAUGAUGCCUCCAAUGCCCGAUCCUGACCCGGUUCUUUCACUCGGGUCUGUUUGGAUGAACCCGGGUUCAAAUCUAUCAUCUUCAACUAGUACCACUGUUUCAGCUGCUCCAUCACCUUCUGUGAGCCUGUCACUAUCUCCUUCUGAUCCCGGUUUGGACCCGGAUUUGACGCGAUUCAUGCCGGGUCAUCAAAUGGGCACUCUGGUUCAGUAUUGUAAGGAGCUUGAGGAGGGAAGGCAAAACUGGCUGCAACAUAAAAAGGAGGCAACAUGGAGGCUUAGUAGACUAGAGCAGCAGUUAGAGUCAGAGAAAGCAAGGAAAAGAAGGGAGAAAAUGGAGGAGAUAGAGGCAAAGAUAAGGAGUUUGAGAGAGGAAGAGGUGAAUUUUAUGAGUAAGAUUGAGAGUGAGCGUAAAGAGCAGUUAAGUGCAUUGCAUAGAGAUGCUGAGAGCAAAGACGCAAAGCUCGUGGAAGCUUGGUGUAGCAAACAUGUCAAGUUUGUCAAGCUUGUUGAGCAAAUUGGGUUACAUUUUGGUGGUGGCGGCGGCGGCGGCUGUCAUGGGGUUUAA